AACAUGUGUCAUUUCUCAAAGAUGUAGCUGCAACUCAACAACCGGAGCAUUUGCCUCAUCGUUUGAAAAUGCUUCAGUUUUUGGAUGGUCCCACUAAGGUGCAAUUGAGACUAGAACUUGGGGGCCAUGAUAUCCAAAGUUCUAGAGAUAUAUUUGUGGAUGCGGAAGAGAGCUCUUUAACAAUCAGAGUACAGCACUCUGGGUCUCUCAAGACUCUGAUGGAAACUAUUUGUCUGUAUAUGGAUGAUGAUCAACUGGUAGUUAAUUUGAAGAAACAAGACCCAAAUUUAAAAUGGCCUGAUAUCAUCAAGUCCUGGAAGUCCCUCACUGUAGGAGUUAUGCAGCUCUUGUCACGACCCAAACCCGCCCUUAUUAACAUCAAUCAGAGGUCGGGGUUAUUACAUAUUACAGCUCUUGAAAAGGACAAAUCAAUCCUACUUAGUUGGGAUUCAUCAGAAAUCAAUGAAAAAAUUGCUCGAAAACUGGCUGUUGGUUCUGGGUAUUGCCUUUCAUUCUUUGCUAUUCAAAGGACACAAAAUUGCUUGUGGAUCUAUUUGUCUGAUGAGAUAAUCUUAUCAAUGUUUCCAGUCAUGUUGUUCCUUUUUGCUGCUACUGCAGUUUUGUAA